AUGACUGAAGAUAUAAUCUCACUCUCAGACACAGAAUCAGAGUCAGAUUCAGACUCUGAAAUGCCAGAAAUCUUGGACCUUCCUUCAAAAAUCCCUCAGAUUGAAGUAUCCACCCAAAUAGAAGAAGAUGUGGACAGUGACAAUGAUGUCCCCGAAAUUAUUCAGUCAAUAAUCAAUAGCAAGUCAAAAAGACGCAGGACAGUUAUUUUAGAUGCAGAAGAUGAGCAGAUCAUUGACAAUAUGAUAAAAGAAAUGGAAAAAGCUGCCAAUGACGACAUUGAAGCAAAUCUCAAAGGUCUUCCCGCUUUGUAUAAGCUUAAGAUACUGAACAAAGUCGCGAAAUUUUUAAAAGUGGCGAAGUAUCACAUGCUAUUUUUGAGCAUGAAUGGAGCCUUUGUAUUAGGAAAGUGGCUGGCAAGGCUUCCUGAUGGUUCUUUUCCUUCAACACCAUUGAAGCUUUCACUGUUAGAGUCCAUUCAAGAUAUUCCUAUCGAGACUGAGCAUCUUAGAAAUAGCGAGCUUGGAAGAAAUAUUAUGAUAAUUUAUCAUAAUCCUAAUGAAACUCAAACUGUAAAAAGACUUUCUAAAUUUCUAAUUGAAAAGUGAAGCAGAAUGAUAUACGAAAUUGAUGUUGAUUAUACAUUUCUCGAAAAAACUGAGGUUGGGAGUGAUGAAAAUCUAGCCCCAAAUAUUCCAAAGCCAUUAUUAAGCUUGGAAAAAAUUCAAAUGAGAGGAGGCAAUAAAAACUCAGUAAGGGACCCUCCUAAAGGAAUUUUUGAUUUCAAAUAUCGGCCGACUUCCAAUUCAGAAGAAGCACAAGCUGCGAGAGGUAUUGAUAAAGAUUCAGUUUACAAAAGACUUUUGAAGAAAAAGUCAAAAGUAAAAAAACAGAAAUGGAUGAGUGUUGAUGGCAGAACAUUGUAUUAA